AUAACAGUGACAUCUUGAGGCUGUUGUAAUCCUCCAUGCCUCCUCCCUCCCUCCCUCCCCGUGUCCCUGCACAGCAGAAUGCAGCAGAGCUUGAUCUGACUUGUCCUCCCUGCUGCUGGAAGUCUCUGCUCGCUACUCGGAACUUCUUUGGGUGCUGCUCUCACGCUGGGACAUGGCUGUGUCUGUUUCUCUCCAGUGUCUGGGGCUCAUCAUGCUCGCAGCGAUCCUCCUGCAGACCAUCGCGGUCGCCGUCAGUUUUCUGUACUUCAACAAAGUCCUGAACACGAUGCAGGAGAGUUUCUCCCGCAGCAGUGUGUCCUGUCUAAUUAACGCAAAUCAGCGCUCCGAGAUCGAAGACUCAGCGGAGGACAAGAAGAGCGACCCCUGCUGGCAAGUCACGCAACAGCUCCACUACCACAUAGAGAAGACGAUGGCUGACAGAUUCCAGAAGGAGAUAUCCACUGCUAUGAGAAAUAAGCUGACAGGAGUGCUGCCUUUCCUGAGCCCUGCAGUCCGAGGGGUCCCUCUUCCUAAAGUUGCUGCCCAUGUGACCGGUGUCGUCUCGUCCUCAGAGCCUCCGACAGCAGAUGGCCCACGGAGCAGCAGAGGGUACUUGGGGGACCGAAUCAGAGCGUGGGAGGGCCAGAGAGGUCUGUCCUUCCUGCAGAACAUGGAGCUGAGGGGAGGAGAGCUGCUGGUGCCCAGAGCAGGCCUCUACUACAUCUAUGGACAGACGUACUUCAGACUGCCCUCCACGGGGGAGACGGAUGGGGAGGCAAAGGAGGAGGAGGCACAGCUUGUCCAGUACAUCUACAAGAAGAUGAGUUCCUACACGGUGCCCAUCCUGCUGAUGAAAUCCUCCCGCAGUGCCUGCUGGCCUCGGGGCCAGGAGCCUGGUCUCUUCUCCCUGCAUCAGGCCGGCACUGCCUUUCUACAGCCUGCUGACCGCCUCUUCAUCACAGUCAGCAAUGCCAGCACCAUGGAGAUGGACGGACGGGCGAGCUACUUUGGGGCCUUCCUCGUGGGCUAAAGACAGAGAACCCUGGAUAGAAGUGUCCGGGACUGGGAUGACUUGAUAUAGACAACAACAGAAGUGAACCCAAAUGUGAGGGGUUUCCUUGGUAAUAUGAGCAGCUGUCUGAGAGUACAGGAUUGGAGAAGAAGAGCAGACUCUGAUGAGUGCACAGUACUUCUUCGCUGUAAGGACAUGAUAUAACGGAGCUGCAGAGGCAGACUCUCAGUGAAGCAGGAAGAGCCAUUUACUGUGACACAGGUUAUUAAUUCUGUCGUUAAGGCUUGUAAACAGAUUGUACCUUAUGACAAACAUGCAUCAUGUGGUGCAUUCAGGGCAUUUGGAGAAGUACAAUAGACGCAGAUUAAAUGUUGUGCUCUCAUGCUGAAUGACUUCCAUUGAGAAGGCAGGUCAAACAGUCAACAGUCAAGUUGUCAUCCCCAGGAAAUGACAGUGCUGUUGGACACAUGGCCCUUAACUGCUCUUUUAUGAAAAAGAAAGCAUCAAAAGAAGCCACAUGACGAGAUUUUCGAUGUUCCGUAUUAUGAGUGAAGCUUCCCUUUUGUUUACUGUACUUAUGGUUGAAUUUCCUCUUUGUGCAGUGUCUUGAAUGAAUGUGUGGCGUGACGCAGAUCAUGAUGCCCCGCAGCCUGAAAGAGUGGCACUGAUCCAAUAUGAAUGGACUGAGUAUUUUAAGUGUUGUGACACAUUUACACGUCAAUGGAUACCAAUACAGAUUGUCUUUAGUGCUGGAUAAGUUCAUUUACAAAUGGUUGCUAUACAGAUUGAAAGUAAAAAUCUCUACUUUU